AUGGCGUCACCACGCAACUCCAGCGACGAAGACUGCACAGCCACACCCUCGUUUCGCUCGUCGUCUCCCACAACACCUGCUACGAUUCUCUCUCCCACCGACCAAGCCCUUCUUGUAGUUCAACAAAUCUGCAGCGGUACAUACCAGAAUUCCUCAGACAGUUUCUACAUUACUCUUACGUCCGACGAGUACGCUGUGUUCAAAGCGGAAAUUGAGAACGAUCCUAAGCUCCACUCCUGGGCCAUCGACAAGCUGCGUACGGAUUGGACCGCGAAGACCGGCGAGCUCGUUAUCCACAUGGCUACCACCAUGCGUGAUAUCGCUGCUACGGAAACAGAAGAUACAGUAAUCAAGCAUGUCAACAAGCUCGCUUCCGAAGCCCCAGCCGACUCCGCCAUUCCCACCAUUGCCGCGAACAUCGCGCCUCGAUAUACCUCCAGAGUGGACCUGCCUGGCCUCGGUCCCGGCAGCUACAAAAGCCCCGAUGCCUCCACACGUUAUAAAGGGUACAAGUUCCCUCCAAUCACCCUUGAAGUAGCCUACUCUCAUGACAAGUCCAGAGUGGAAAAGAAGCUGGCGUACCAGAAUCCGAACAAGGCCACAAGCGAAGGAGCUCGCACCGGCGACCUAAAUGAAGCAUCAUACUGCAUCUACCGCGUGUACGCCACGGAACACACCUACGGCGUCAGUGAAACUGGCUGGACGCUUUUCCGCGAUACUGAGGGUGAGCUGGUUGAUGGUGCGUUAGAACUGUGGCUCUUGGACUUCUGCCCGGCCGAUGUCCUGCAUCGCGACUCUCCCGACAACAAACUUAUUUCCAUCCCCCACAUUACUCUCUUUGACAUUCUGCUCUACGCUGAGGAGGAACACGAGAAUGCGCGGAGGGGGAGGGUAGUGGACCCAGAUGAAUUCCAUGGAAAGACCUUUGAUGGUGCCUUCAUUCGUUACGACACGGCGACCGCGCCGACGGCACCGAGGCAGAUACCUCCACGCGGCAAAGAUGGAGCUAGGACUGCAGGUCAAGGGAGCGCUAGCAAACAAACUGGGGAGUGA